GCCUGGUUUCCAGCUGAGUGCCUGCCUCCCUCAGCGUGUGCGCGACGUACGUACGCGCGUGAGCGAGCGAGCGUGUACCGCGUGUGUGCGUGUGCGUGUGCGUGUGUGUGUGUGUGUGUGUUGUCAUUAUUAUCCACUCCGCUCCCAGCUCGGAAUGGCCAGAUUCACUCAGACUGAAACAAGAAGGCAGCAGCAUCCCCAGCAGCCCGCUCACUCCAGCCUGGUUUACAGCGGACCGGGGGCUUCACCGACCCAGCAGCCACUGCUCCUGAUCCCACAUCAGCACCAGUACCCUCAGACCACAUCCCCGAAACCCAUGAACGGGUCAGAACCCAUUUCAAUCCAUCCGGAGAGCGGCAACAUGAAAGACCAAGAUGCCAUCAAGCUGUUUAUCGGGCAGAUACCGCGGAACUUGGAGGAGAAAGACCUGAAGCCGCUGUUCGAACAGUUUGGGAAAAUCCACGAGCUGACAGUUCUCAAGGACCGGUACACCGGCAUGCACAAAGAUGACUCGGCCCAUCCAGGUGAAACCGGCUGACAGCGAGAGCCGCGGAGAAGACAGGAAGUUGUUUGUCGGGAUGCUGAACAAACAACAGACCGAGGAGGAUGUUUACCGCCUCUUCGAACCCUACGGAGUCAUUGAGGAGUGCACGGUCCUAAGAGGUCCUGACGGAAACAGCAAAGGUUGCGCCUUUGUCAAGUUCUCCACACACACCGAGGCUCAGUCUGCAAUCAGCGCCCUGCACGGCAGCCAGACCAUGCCAUUCUCUCUGCCCCCCCAGGGUGCCUCCUCCAGCUUGGUGGUCAAGUUUGCCGACACCGACAAGGAGCGCACCAUCAGACGCAUGCAGCAGAUGGUCGGGCAGUUCGGCAUCUUCAACCCGGCCAUCGCUCUUCCCUUCAGCACCUACAGUUCUUACGCACAUGCGCUCAUGCAGCAGCAGGCAGCCAUCAUGGCAGCAAGCCACGGAGGUUACCUCACGCCCAGCCUGGCCUUCCCCGCCACGCAGAUCCACCAGAUGGGGGCGCUCAACAUCAACAGCCUCCCACCCACCACCAUGACUCAGGUGUCAGGUGACUUCCAUCAAGCCCUGGGCCUCAGCUCUCCGCCAGCCAACAUCACCACCUCCGCCGUGCCCAGCCUCGUCACGCCCAUCGUCAACGGGUUCACCGGCAUCCCCCAUCAGCCCAACGGACACCCCGCGGUGAGGACCAUGUACACCAACGGCCUGCCGCCCUACUCCACCCAGAGCCCCACCGCCGCCGACACCCUCCAGCAGGCCUUCACCGGAGUGCAGCAGUACACAGCAAUCUACCCGACCACCACGCUGACUCCGAUUGGCCAGACGCUGCCCCAACCCCCCCAGGUCAUCCAGCAGCAGCAGCAGCAGCAGCAGAGAGAAGGUCCGGAGGGUUGUAACCUGUUCAUCUACCACCUGCCACAGGAGUUUGGGGACAAUGAGCUCAUGCAGAUGUUUCUGCCCUUCGGCACCGUCAUCUCCUCCAAGGUCUUCAUGGACCGGGCCACCAACCAGAGCAAGUGCUUCGUUUUCGUGAGCUUCGACAACCCGGCGAGCGCGCAAGCAGCUAUCCAAGCCAUGAACGGCUUUCAGAUCGGGAUGAAGAGGUUGAAAGUGCAGCUAAAGAGACCGAAGGACGCCAGCCGCCCUUACUGACACAGCCUACCUUCAGUAUUCAUUGCAGCAGCACAGGUUUUAGAGGACACGUGAAGAUAUCUCGGAGGAGUUCAACUUUUUUUUUUUCUUUGAAAGCAAAAUAUGUUUAAAAAAAAAAAAAAAAAAAAAUCAACACAUAAGGAAUUUUUGAAGACAUAUCAGCAUUUACUUACGAAGAUAUAGGUUACGGCGGGAAAAACAGAAGACGCGAAAGAGGAGUCACCGGGGGACUUGACAGUAACAGAUGGCACAGUGCAAGAAAGACGAGGAGGAAAAAAAAAAAACUGAAAAAAGAUGUGAUGAGACUGAACAACGGAACUUUUUCUUGUUGAGACUUGAAUUGUUAAUUAAGCAACAAACUAACAAACAAAAAAGCAGCAACAACAAAUAGAUUUCUAUAUACAUAUUAUAUACACAUAUAUAUAAGGGAAGAGGCGCUUGUGGCUUUUACUGUACUGGACAAAUGAGGGUUAAAACUUGAAGAUCAAGAAAAACAGUGGAAAAAAAGGAGCUAUUCUAUUGGUCCACUGACAGACUUUCUUUCUCUUUCCCUCUUUCUCUAAUUCUCUCACCGUCUCUCUCAGCAAGCUCGGAGGUCACUGAGGUUUCCAUUAGCAACAGCAGAACUGCAAAUAUUUCACCCCUAAGGGACCAAAGGACCAAACAUUUUUAUUGUUCUGAACAGUAAUAUAUAGUAUUAAUGAUACUAAUACUACAAACUACUACUAAUAAUAUUACCAGUUAAACUUAAGAAGAAAUACUAGCUUCAGGUUGAAAAAAAAAAAAAAAGAGGAAAUGGGUUUUGCUUUGUUUUCCUUUUACAUUUAUAGCUACUGGGUUUAAGGAAUAUUAAAACAAAACUGAAAAAAAUAUGUAUAAAGCUAUACUAUUUUAGUGGCGUAGAAUAUGUGGGUUAGACAUUGUUUCGGGGGCAUGUUCAGAUAAUCUUUUUUUUGUUGUUUUUUCUGCCACUCAUCGCUUCAUCUGCGUGGCGGUAUUUCAUCUCGGGGGGGUUGUGACCCGCCGGUGUUGUUGUGUCAGUGGAAGACGGAAAAAAAAAAAAAAAAAA